AUGUCCGACGAGUCAGGGUUAACACAUGCUUGUGGUGUUUUCGCGUGCAUUAGAGCUGAUGGCGUUCCUUCAGAAGAAGUUGAUGUGGCCAGUAUAAUCUCCCUUGGCUUAGUUUCCCUUCAGCAUCGGUAAGUGUUAAAUUUUGGACGUCAGUUCCUAAUAUUUUCUCAAAUCGUUAAAUGCUAAUUAACACAACUGAUUCAGUGUUCAGCGUCUGUAUGAACCAUCAGUCCGGUUAAGUACGAAAUAGUGUUGUCUUGGGUACUAUUUAAUAUUGUUAAAGUUAAAAUUUGUUUUUGUAGCUUUUUCUGCCGGGUUAUGAAUUCUAUGGUCCUUUGUAUUCCACAAACAUUUCGGUUUCCUUAUGAAAUAGUUCCUUUUCCUGUAAUUAAGAACAGAGAGAAUGGUAUUCAUUAAUUAAUUAAUCCUUUAGCUCCAAUAUCCACGUAGGGACUCAAAGGGUUAAGUGAUUGUGAAUGUGAAUGUGUGGUUCCAAAAAUUAUCCAUACCUCCCCCACAGAAGGGAUUUUUCCUUAGACUCCCUCACCUCUCUGGAAAUUCCAGUUAAGCUUCAUACAUUUACUUAAAUUUUUGGACCUUUGAGAACCCCCACCCCUCCCCCCCAGGAAUUUCCAAUCCCUUCUGUGGGGGGAGUAUGGAUAUUUUCUGGAACUACACAUUGUUCAGGACUUGGUCCAGGAGGAAAGAUAGUUGAGGAUGGGAUGAGGUGGGUCUAGCUUUGCACAUUAGCAUGGAAUGACAGAGAAUUAAUAAAUGUUAUAUUUUUUCCUUUUUGACCAGAGUAAAAAGAGCAUAUGACAGAUAACAGCUGCAAGAAACUGUCAGACCAGAAAUAUCUUACAAUUAUUAAAUUCGGCUUUCGUAUCAUCUGAAGAAUUAUGGAGAUUGAGGAGGGUGUUAUACGGCCGAGGCAGAUAACUACCUCCAGAUUUAAUAAUUAUUGUUUUAUUAUUCAAUUCAAAAUAAUUCCUAGUUAAAAAACAAGCUAAAAGAUGCUUUCCUCCAUCAAUGUUAAGUUCAUCUUUGAUAGUGCAGGUUUAUCAGCAUGUUUAGGAGAUAAAAAGUUAUUAAGUUCUGCAAAUAUUCUCCAAAUAGCAGAUGCGUCCGUCAAGUUGUCUUCUUGCUGUCCCUGCUAUGUUUUUAGCCAAUAGCUUGCCUAUUUCUUCCUCUUGAAAAGGGUGAAAUGUUCUGGCAUUUUGUGCCCACUAUCAAAACAACUCAACCUUGUCCCCAGCAGGUCUUUUUCACAUAUCACAAAAUUCUUCCAAAUUUGGUUGAAAAUAGCUGGUUAUGAUGAAUUAUGCAUGGGAUUUUUGCCAAUCGAAACAGAGAAAUAUUUUGAAUGAAUAAUGAAAUAAAUUUGACAACUUUAUACCUGGUGAAUCUGUCCAGCUAGCUUAUUGUAGUUUUAAAGUGGCUAUCUGUUAUCAAAGUAGUAAAAAAUUAGCAUCACUGGAUGUUAAAUGGGAAUUGAGGUGUCAGUUGACCAUGGACCUUUGAAACGUACGUGAUUCAGAAAUCCUUGCACAUUUAUGUGCGCCAUUUAAUAAUUUUAAGUACAUCACCUGACUAAAACUGCUUUUUUGAUUUUUUUUCUUCUUGUUAUUCAUGUUGGUUCAAUUUAAUCCUUUGUGCAAAUUUUUAUAUUCUUUGUUUUGGGGCAUGGUAAUGUAUGAUAAUGAGUUUCAAACAGAGGGAAGAAAAAUUUAACUCAAAUAUAAAAUUGAAUUACAAUGUACAAAAUGUGGUUUCUUUGCUUUGCAGAGGCCAAGAAAGUGCAGGAAUAGUCACCAAUGAUGGCAAACAAUUUCACCAGCACAAGGGGAUGGGUUUAGUAAACCAUAUAUUCCAAGAGCAGCAUAUCAAAUCCCUGCCUGGACACAUGGGGAUUGGACAUACGCGGUACUCAACAGCAGGUGCCUCAGAACUUGUCAACUGUCAGCCUUUUGUUGUUGACACCAUACAUGGUCACAUGGCAGUUGGACAUAAUGGUGAACUUGUAAAUGCAAAGGCAUUAAGGAAAAAAGUUCUUAUGCAAGGAACUGGUCUGUCCACAGGCAGUGACAGUGAAGUUAUUACACAGUUGUUGACGGCGACCCCACCAUGUGGGGAACCAGAUGGUGCCAACUGGCCUGGAAGAAUUUAUCAGAUGAUGCAGCUGACGCAGUUAUCGUAUUCGCUAGUGAUCAUGACACAGGACUGUAUCUAUGCUGUCAGGGAUCCCCAUGGCAACCGGCCUUUGUGUAUUGGGAAACUAAGAAACUUGAAUGACAGCCCUGAACUGUCACGGCUUGGUGGAGAAGUAGUCCACUCUGGAUAUGACAGUGAUUGUAUUGAUGAUAGCACCCUGGGCUGGGUUGUAUCCUCUGAGUCUUGUGGCUUUCAUUCAUUUGGAGCCUCCAUGUGCAGGGAAGUAAAGCCAGGAGAAAUUGUUGAGUUAACCACAAAAGGUUUUAGAUCCAUGAGGAUUGUUUCUCUGCCUAAUCCAGAAAAACCUAUGUCAUUCUGUAUCUUUGAGUAUGUGUACUUUGCUCGGCCUGACAGCAUGUUUGAGGGACAGAUGGUGUAUAGUGUGAGACAACGAUGUGGUAAACAGUUAGCCAUUGAAGCACCAGUAGAAGCCGAGCUUGUGAGCACAGUCCCAGAGUCUGCUACUCCAGCAGCUUUAGGUUACUCAUUACAUACUGGCAUUCCAUACGUUGAGGUGCUCACCAAGAACCGUUACGUUGGACGGACAUUCAUUCAACCCAGCAAUAGGCUUAGGAAGCUGGGUGUGGCCAGGAAAUUUGGACCACUUUCAAUGAAUUUUAAGGGAAAGAGGGUUGUUCUGAUUGACGAUUCCAUUGUGCGAGGAAAUACAAUGGGUCCUAUUGUCAAGCUGUUGAAACAGGCAGGAGCCAAGGAGGUGAGCGAUUAAAUAGGUCUCGGGAGUUGUACCCGGAUAAAACCAAGUGCCAAAUUGUAAAUUUAAGUGGGUAGCCUGUACCUCAGACAAAACUAGACUUGUGAUUAAACCCCUCUGCAAAAUAAAAUCUUGUUCUGGGCUUCCACCUGUGUACCAGGAUUUGAUUACGCACCACGAUUGGCAUGUUAAAAACGCCAUUGUUGGUUUGCCAGUCUGGUUGAAGGGAAAUUACAAUGCAUUUCCAUUAACUCAUUGAGCUUGUGGGGCUGAGAACAAGGAUAUAAGCCCUGCUUCUCAAAUUUUAUUCCGAGGUAAAGAAUGGCAGUCCUUUUACAUUGGUUUUCAUUAUAACACAGGAUUGUUACAUCAGGGCUUCACGUCACUUAGCUCUACACCCCCAACUUGGAAAAAUAUAAAUAAUGUGGCCUUUACUGAUGGUCCUGAUUCCAGCCAAAUUAAUAAUUUUGUUGAGCAGGCCCUGGUUGUGAAAUGCAGAAUAGCUUUAUCCAUCAGAUGAAUCACUAUUGUUCGGAUAGGUACAGGAUUACCAAAUUCCAUCAUCCACUGGAUAGUGAGUCAUCCAGUGGAUAGCAUUCUCGGAUCAUUAUAUGUUUCUGGAAAACUGCCCACCUACCCCUCCCCUAAGCCAACAUUUUGCCCUAAGUCAGAAGUAAGUGUUAAUGUUGGCUUAGGGGAGGGAUAGGUGGGCAGUCUCCCAGAAACUUAUAAAGAUCUGCAUUCUCCACCUUUUAAACAACUGUGGCCAGAAUGUUUUCAGUUGUGUUAUUAUCUUUUUUGUUUUGCUCAUGGUUAGGUCCACAUACGAGUUGCAUCACCCCCAUUAAAACACCCUUGCUAUAUGGGAAUCAACAUCCCAACAAGGGAAGAGUUGAUUGCAAACAAGAUGAGUGCUGAUGAACUAGCAAAGCAGCUUGGAGCAGAUAGUCUAAUCUACUUAACCUUAGAGGGACUCCUGACGGCAGUACAGUCUGGGAUACCAAGCUCUGCUGGUAAAAAGGAAGGUCACUGUACGGCAUGUUUAAAUGGACAGUAUCCAGUCGAAUUGGAUUGGUAAAGUGAAAAGACUCAAAGAUAAUGUGUAAUGACUGCUUAUUUAUACCUGUUGCAGUGCAUUGCGUAAACCAUUCAGCCAGAUGCUGCAGUCUUUUCAAGCCUUUGCAAGUUAAUAGGGUUUUUACAUGACUCAGUGCCAUAUCAAGAGAAUUCUGGUACUGUUCUCAGUAAAAAAGUCUUUGACUAGACUGUCUUUUUUAUUAGUUAGAUUCACAAAAGAAUAGUAACCAAAUAAAAUAACACAGACUCGAGGGGGGAUCUAAUCUAUUUUUUACCUCUAGUAAAGGCAUAAAGUUCGUCAUUGUAUUUCAGUUCAAGGUUUUUCUUAGUUUGAAAGCUACAGAUGUCUGGUUGCUUAUCUUUGGGAACACAAGAAGAAACUGGCAUGACACCAAAAACAGUCAAACCCUGAAGAUUACAAUACAAAUUGUACAAAAAUUUAUUUGUCGCCUUAUUUCCUAAGUCAAUCCUAUAUGUAGAAAUAUGCUCUACCUGGUGCUCAAAUAAACAUUUUCACAGUUAAAGCUAUCCAGCAUUCAAGUUGACUAUUUUGCAAGUAAAUUUUUAAAGUAGGGCCCUUUUAGUCCCCCUAGCUACUGCAUGUCCAACAAAAAUGUUUGUGUGCCAUGGCAGCAUAAUUAAUAUAUUUAUUGUCUUUCCAUAUAUUUAUUUCCAUACUACUUUUUUUAGGCAAUUUAUUUUUGGUUACUUAAAUGUUCAUCUUACUGCAAUGGCAACAGUAAGAUAUGGUUGGAAGAAUUUAUUACCAGCGUAAGGUGUAGGUUUGUGUGCAUCUAAGAUAUUAACAUAAAAAUGGUGUCAUUACCUGAGUGCAAUAUUUUUUGUGUGGAACUUUUUUUCAGAUGUGU